AUGUCGAUAUUCAGCUAUGUCACCAAUUUGAAAUUGUUGUUCAAUCCUUUCCACAGCUCUUCAAAAUUAUGCAGAAACGUUCUCUCCUUAGUCCCUCCUAGCGCUUCCACUCAAGUUAACGUGAAUAUCACAAAGAGAGACGUCAACUCACAGAUGGUCCUCGAGUACAAAAAUGGCCAGAAGCUCGACUUGGAGGUGACCGACAACUUGGACUAUCACUCCCUCAUGAGGCAGAUAAGCAAGACGCCAAAUGAACUCAAGCUAAAGGAAUCUAUUUAA